AUGCCAAUAGAAAGUGGAAGUUGUGCAUCUGCUCGCCAAGCAAAGCAGAAACGUAAGUCGCACAGUCUUUCAAUCCGAAGAACCAACAGUUCUGAACAAGAACGGGCAGGACUGCAGAGAGACAUGUUGGAAGGACAGGAUUCUAAACUACCAUCUUCUGUCCGGAAUACACUCCUUGAACUUUUUGGACAAAUAGAGCGGGAGUUUGAAAACCUCUAUAUUGAAAAUUUGGAAUUACGUAGAGAGAUUGAUACACUGAAUGAGCGUUUAGCAGGCGAGGGACAGACAAUUGAUGGAGCGGAACUGAGCAAAGGACAACUGAAAACAAAAGCCAGUCAUAGUACCAGCCAGCUUUCUCAGAAAUUAAAGACAACUUACAAGGCAUCUACUAGCAAGGUAUGA